ACAGUAGAUAACCUGAGACUUUGACCUGCAGUCAGGAGUUAGCUGAGCUCUGACAGAGAAAGUAUUCCAGCAGAAGGAAGGAAAGAAAUGGAGAAAGAAGACCAGCACUGGCUGCAGAAUCACACAGAGGUACCCAGCUCCAAAACCCAAUCCCAGGACACACCAUGAGCUGUACCUACGGGACUCUCUCCACAGGGCAGAAGAUGCCACUGGUGGGCCUGGGCACCUGGAAAAGUACACCUGGGGAGGUCAAACAGGCUGUGCUGAGCGCCCUGGACUCUGGAUACAGACACAUUGACUGUGCUGCUGCCUAUGGCAACGAACAGGAAGUAGGGGAAGCCUUGAGGGAGAGAGUGGGGCCUGGCAAGCCUAUCAAACGUGAGCAUGUGUUUGUUACAUCGAAGCUGUGGAACACCAAGCACCACCCGGACGAUGUGGAGCCAGCCUGCAGGAAGUCCCUGGCUGACCUCGGCCUCCCAUUCCUGGACCUGUACCUCAUGCACUGGCCCAUGGCCUUCGAACAGGGAGAGGUGACAAUGCCCAGGAAUGCAGACGGAACGCUCCGCUAUGCUGACACCGACUACAGGGACACUUGGAGGGCCAUGGAGAAGCUGAUGGACCAGGGUCUAGUCAGGGCCAUUGGCCUGUCCAACUUCAAUGCCAGGCAAACCAACGAUAUCCUGGGCAUCUCCAAACACAAGCCUGUAGUGAACCAGGUUGAGUGCCACCCCCACCUGACCCAGAAGGUGCUCCUCACUCACUGCAGAGCUCGGGGCAUCAUGCUGACAGCCUAUAGCCCCCUGGGGUCUCCCGACCGGCCGUGGGCAUCCCCUGAAGAGCCCCGUCUCCUGGAUGACCCCCAGAUAGUGGCUCUUGCUCGCCGAUACGGGAAGACCCCUGCACAGGUCAUCAUAAGGUGGCAGGUGCAGAGAGGGGUGGUGUGUAUCCCCAAGAGUACGACCCCCUCCAGAAUCAAGGAAAACAUCCAGGUAUUUGAUUUUACUUUGUCUGAAGAGGACGUGAAGCUGAUAGAAUCCUUUAACCGCAACGAGAGGCUUAUUGUCCCAACUAUAGAAAAAGAUGGCCAGACAAUCUGGAGAGAUGGAGGGCACCCACACUUCCCUUUCCAUGACCUCUACUAACCGAGGCUGUAAUGCCAGCCCAGCCUCCAAUAGCUCAAGAGCGUGUGGUCCCUUCCUACAACAGGAUGUCUUGCCAAGCAUUUUUGUUAAUGUACUAAUUAAUAUAGAAUAUGAGCAUGCCAUUUUAAUUGUUAACUACCUUACUUAUAUAUGGCCUUGCACAGCAGGUAGUAGUAUUAUUGUAUUGUAUAGAGCAAUCCCUUACUUCAAAUUCUGGAAUUGCCCUGCCAGGUUGCAUUAUUCAAAUAAAAUGACAGGUCAGUGCC